CUACCGCUGUACAAUCAGCUUCAGCCUCCACUCCACCUACACACCAUGGCGCGAAUCUUCAUCACGGGCUCCUCUGACGGCCUCGGCUCUGCCGUUGCAAAGCGCCUCAUCGCCAACGGCCACUCUGUCGUCCUGCACGCCCGCAAUGCCCAGCGCGCAAAGGACGCCACGGCGGCGUGCCCCGGUGCAGAAACCGUGGUCGUGGGCGACCUAUCCAAUCUUUCCGAGACAAAGGCCGUGGCGGAGGAAGUCAACAAGCUGGGGACAUUCGACACCGUCAUCCAUAACGCUGGACUCUACUACGGCCCGUACCGCAAGACACCUGAAGGCAUCCCCGCUCUCGCGGCUGUCAACACAGUCGCGCCCUACGUCCUGACUGCACUCAUCAACCGGCCCAAGCGUCUCAUUUUCAUUUCAUCGAGUAUGCAUCAGAAUGGCUCUCCGGACCUGGGCGAUGUUCUUUGGACCAAGCGCGGCGAGGCGGCCUACAAUGAAGACGCCGCCUACUGCGACAGCAAACUUCACAAUGUCAUGUUUGCCAAGGCGUUCGCUCGCAGAUGGCCAGACGUCAAGAGCAAUUCCCUGGAUCCUGGAUGGGUGCCGACCAACAUAGGUGGCAGCUCUGCACCGGAUAGCAUCGAUGCCGCCAUUGAGAGCUAUGUCAUGCUUGCUGAAGGCGACGAAGACAAGGCAAAGCAGAGUGGAUGCUUUUUCCAACCAAGCAAGCGGGAGGGUACCCCGCAUACGGGAACAGAGGAUGCACAGGCCCAGGACAAGCUGUUGGAGAUUUGCGCCGAGUUCUCUGGCGUUAAGCUGCCCUAGAAAUUCGUCACAAUAAAAAUCAGUCAUCG